AAUGUGAUGUUGCUCCUCUCACUCGCUGUGUUUCUCCCCCUCAGGAAUAACAGAUUUAUCUUGCUGCAGGUUACUUGUUGACAUCAGUGCAAUGAAGUGCAUUCUGGGUCUUGUGGUCCUGGUGGCUGUCUCAGCUUGGGCCGAAGAGGAGGCUUUGACUACUUCAGAGCGAAUUGAGAGAGCAAACCGGGACAUUGUCCGUUCCCCUGAUGAGCCCUACGUGGAGGACGAUGUCGCCUAUGAUUCAGAGGCUGAGAGAAAUGCUGAUCCCUGCACCUCUCGUGGCUGCAUGUGGCCCAAGUCCUCCGAUGGCAUGGUCUACGUGCCCUACACCAUUUCCAGCGCAUACUCUUCUCGUGAGGUUGCAAUCAUCGAGCGUGGUCUGCAGUCCUUCCAUGAGGUCUCUUGUAUCCGUUUUGUCAAACACUCCAGCCAGAGAGACUACCUGAAAAUCCAGUCCCUUAAUGGGUGCUACUCCUACAUUGGCCGUCGUAACUACGGUCAGGAUCUGUCCCUGCAGCGUUCAGGCUGCGUUUACUACGACACCGUCCAGCACGAGGUGCUCCACGCUCUGGGCUUCCACCAUGAGCAGAAACGCUCUGACCGCGACCAGUACAUCCGCAUUGUGCUGGAGAACGUCAUCCCUGGAAAGGAGCACAACUUUGACAAAAUCAAUACUCUCAACCAGGGAACCACCUACGACUAUGGCUCUGUCAUGCAUUACAGCAAGUACGCCUUCUCCAAGAACAACCAGCCCACCUUGGUGGCCAUUCCCGACCCCAGUGUUCAGUUUGGUGUGGCCACUGAGAUGAGCCAGAAGGACAUCCUCAGGCUCAACAGGCUGUACAACUGUUAAACAGUGUUGGGUGACCAGGAUGAUGCAUAGAUCAUCAUCAUCAUCAUCAUCAUCAUCAUCAUCAUCAUCAUCAUCAUCGUUGUUGUUGUCAUUUUGUUCAAUCAUUGGUCAAACUGAAUACUGAAUGUUGUAAUUAUCAUCAAUAAAUUUAUGUCCAGCAUACAUUCCUCUCAUUUAGGAGUUUAGUUUCUUACAUCUUAAAACACAUUAAAAUCCUGCUGCAUCUGCA